GUCGACUGUAUACGAAGAUAGUGGCAAAGGUUCUGAGUUGACUAUAAAAGUGAGUUUGAUGUGUAUUUUUUUGCUGUUUUUCACCGGUUUUGUUAUAUGUAAUGGUGAAAGUAGGCAAUUUUCUAAAUGUAUGUGCUAUUCAUGUUAUUUUAGGGCAAAGUUUACUUGGUUUUUGCCCGUCGUUAAACGAUGUGGCGCUCUGCUUUGUGCGUCAGAUCAUGGCCAGUCCUGAGCAACUCUGCACGAUGUCUGCCAAAGUUAACAACAGGUAAGCCAUCAUGCACGUUAACAAGACUCGUUGAAUUUUCUAGAAGUAGGUUUGGUUACGUUUCCUGUAUUGGCGUGGUAUCUGUGUUUAUUACGUAUAUAAGUGAGUCAUGAGUGUAAACAAUGCACUAUAAUAUUUAAAAGUGGACCAUAGAUCAUAAUCAUUUCAUUUAUACGCAGCCAGAAAUCUCACAGGUCUGUCGCAAGCUGUUGAUUUUACCGGCUUGCGGCAACUUGUCAACAAGUCGCGGCAGGUCUGUUGGUUUCGUCAGGCGGUAACAGGCUUGCGGGAACAGGUCUGUCGCAAGCUGUUGACAACAGAGCCGUAGCACAGAAUAAAGGCAUACAGAAGUGUAACUUCCAUUACAAAACCGUAAGGCGCUUUUUACCGAAAUAGCUGGCGGCCAUGUUCUUAGCAAGUGCCCUAAAGAAAGGCAUUUACCCCCCUGGAAUAUUAAAUUUUCAAUAUGUUUUCAGGGGGGUGACUGCCUCUCUUUAGGGCACUUGCUAAGAACAUGGCGGACUGAAAAAAUCCCUUACGCACUUUUAAUAAGAAGAUACACUUCUGUAUGUCUUUAUUCUGUGGCCGUAGCGACUUGUUGAAACAACCAGCUACAAACCUGUUACUAACAAGAGAUAACAGGUCUGAUAGAACAACUUGCAGCAAGUCUGUUGAAAUCAACAGGUCUGUUCCAACUUGUUCCAACAGACCUGUCGCGAGUUGUUUUUGUCAAGUCUGUGCAAGCUUGUUAUCAGACCUGCGAAACCUGUCCACAACAAACAAUUUUUGUCCUGUCACAACAAGUUUCAACAAGCCUGUUGUAGGGAAACAAAUCGAAAAUGUGAGUGAAGAGAAAAAUCGCACGAAAUGGACACUUCCGGCUUUACUUUCUCAUUCAAUCAUUGGACGAAGUAUUACAAACAUAUCAAUCAUGUUUAGUUGUUUUUGAAUUUUGACUGAGCCAAACAAAAUUUCAACAGCUGCCUCAAGCAAAAUCAAACAAGUUCAAAGCUGUUUUGAUUUUUUGAGAAACUGUGGCAAUGAGAGCACAAGAUCUAGAGCUUAAGAAAUGAAAAAUACAUGAACAACCGAGUGUUCACUGCAAUGUUCUUCAUUGUUGAUACGAAUAUGAAAUUCGUUAUAUAAUUUAUUUCCAAUGUCAAGUGAAAUCUGUGAGUGAGGAAGAUGCCUUAUUGAAGCUUUGUGUUAUUGUAUGUACUAUUUUGAAGAAAAAUAUGCAAGUAGGUUGUCAUAUUUCAGUCGUACUUAAAAUUAAAGACCAAUUAAUUUUGAAAAUUGUUUACGGUAAGAACCUUUCUUUAAUUUGUCGUAUUUUUUCGGCUGUUUUGCUCAAAAUUUAUCUCGCAAGUUUGUUUAUAAGUGUUUAUAUGAAAGUCUUGCUAUUUCAUGAAACACUACAACCGAAAUAUGGCAACCUGUUUGGCCGUUUUUUGUUCAAUAUAGUGGAUACACAAGCUUCAUAAGGUGCUUUCCUCGGUUUGCAACAGGUCUGUCACAAGUUGUUGAAAACAGCAUUGCUGCAGCUCUGUCUCAACAACUUGCAACAGGCCUGUUGAAAACAGCAUUGCUGCAGCUCUGUCACAACAGCUUCUAACAGACCUGUUGACAGGCCGUUGCGGACCAGGUUUUAACAGAUCUGUUGCAGAUGUGUUCCGACUUGUGCGAAAUUGGCUGUGUACUAGUGUUAUGCUGUGUACAUUAUUAUGUUUUAGUUAAUAACUAUAGUGCUGAUGCAGCACCAGAGAAAAUUGAAGUGUUUGUUGAUGAUCAGAAGGUGUUGGUAGAUCCUGGUACAACCAUACUCCAGGUAAGCUGGAAUAGAUGCAUGUAGCUAAUGGGCUGUUAAUGCAAUGUAUGAAUAUGAAUGAUGUUCCCUGAGGGUGUCCUCAAGGCCAAAACUUUGGUAUUACGGUUG